CACAUAGGGUGGUUGCUGCAAAGGGGAAAUAAAGGGCGCAGAGAUGGGCUGCUAAAGGCAAAGGGUGAGAAGAGAAGAGAGUCCCAGCUGAGAGCUCUCCCUGCCCUUUCUCUGCAGUCCCUAUGUUGAAAUUUUCUGUCACCCACCCAGGGUCUGAUUUGUGCGUUGCUGGUUUAAAGUCAGCACUCCCGGCACUUAGAGCUUGCGGCUGUAUGGCACAGAGCCUGGAGGACUGGGGGAGCGCUGGUCAGCACGCCUGGCUGGGAGCUGGAGAGCCAAGGGAUGAUGCAUGGCUCCAGCAGCAUGCUGGGAAUGGGAGCUGCAGCCCUGACUUGUCUUCACGGAGUGCAACAGAUUUCCAGGGCCAAGGCAGGAGCUCCGCACCCCCCAGAAUGAUGGAGAACACUGUGUUCCUGUCAUUUGCCUUCUACAGUACCAUCCUGAUCCUAAAGAUGUACGUUGUUGCCAUCAUCACAGGACAAGUGAGGCUCAGGAAGAAGGCGUUCGCCAACCCAGAGGAUGCGCUGCGCAAUGGGGGGCUGCAGUACUACCGUGAGGACCCCGACGUGGAGCGCUGCCGCAGGGCGCACCGCAACGACAUGGAGAACAUCUUCCCCUUCCUCUUCCUCGGAGCUGUGUACUCACUGCUGGAGCCCAGUCCCGCAGUGGCCAGGGUCCAUUUCUUCAUCUUCUGCGUGGGACGCAUCGUGCACACUGUGGCCUACCUGCUGCGCCUGAGGGCUCCCACGCGCUCCGUGGCGUACGGCGUGGCACAGCUGCCCUGCUUCUCCAUGGCCCUGCAGAUCCUCCUGGUGGCUGCCCCAUAUUGGUAGCACCCAACCGAGCAAGGCACCCAACCUACCCCGUCCUGCCCUCUGUGCCAGCACUGGAAUGUUCCUGGUGGGGGUAUGGGUGGGUGCUGGGGGGAUGUGUGGGAUGGCCGUGGUGAGGUCCCUGGGUCUGCUGUUGAAACUGGGGCAGGGGGAGCUGGUAGGGGAUGCUGAGCAGCCUUCCCUCGCUCCUGUCCUUGACGAAGGGGUGUCACCGGAGGAGAAGAGGUUUUCUGCAUCAGUGACCCAGCGUGGGAUGGGGAGGGUGUGCCCUUGGUCAGCAGCACUGAAUCAGGAGGGAGAAGCCAGCACGGUCCCAUGGCUCUGCGAGAACUCUUGGUUGGCAGAUGUGGGUGCUGGCAGAGAGGGAGAAAAGCUUUCAGUCUGGUCCCAGCCUCACAACAGGACGCAGCAGGGACUGCCCAGAGCAGCCUGCAGAAAUCACUGCCCUGCAGAGAGCUGCAUGCCUGCAGCCACGUGCUGUUGCUGCCUGGAAAUGCUCUGAGAGAGCUGUGUUCAGAGUGUGCCGCAAGCUGUGCCCUGGGAGGAGGGUUCCGCUGUUCCACUGUGCUGCAUGAGGAUGGCCAGCCCUCCUGUCCUGCACAGCUGCCCGUAGGGCUGGCACUGGGGCAGGCCCACAGAGGACAGGGCAGGAGGAGGGCUCUGAGGACAAUGCAAAACUUUGCUAAGAUUGCGGUGAGAAAGCAGAAUGUGCAGAAAAUAAACUCCCUUUCCACCUGUCCUAAGCACUAAAGCUCUUCCCUUUGUGCGCUCUCCUCUGGGAUCCUCUCACCAAGACCCCACUGAGUAUCAAUGGGAAGAAGGGCAGCUCAGGUGGAUGCUCGGAUCCUCACCUGGCUCAGGGAGCAGCUCCCAGCCCAGCAGCUCCCAGGGCAGCGGCCGUGGCCUUGGGCUGAGCGCUAUGGGAGGUUUGGAGCACAGCACUCUGCUCUCCUGGGUGCAGGAGGUCAGCAGGGCUGCGGGUCCUGCAGUUUGCUCUUGGCCACCUCUCGCUCACACAGCCCCAGCUCAGCAGAUGUCUGCAUAAUAUCCCUUUCAAUGAGCCCGUGCUGCCUCACAUGGUGCACAAGGUCUCCAAACCCCUGCACGUUUCUCUGCUGCUGCGUACUCAUCCUGAUGGCAGGAAGCAAAUAUUCCCAAUAAAAACAAAUCAUUGU